AUGGACAGGGCCAGGCGGCAGCAGAUGCUAACGCUCCUGCCCAUCUGCCUGGCCUUGGCCUUCUCCCUCACUGCCGUAGGCAGCAGCCACUGGUGUGAGGGGACCCGACGGGUGGCAAAGCCGCUGUGCCAGGACCGACCGGGAAUGCUACACUGCAUUCACUUCAGCGAGGGUAGCGGUGGCACUGACCAGAGGGACAGCCAGGCGGUCCAGUACAUCUGGGAGACAGGGGACGACAUGUUCAUGCAGCGCAGGUUCCACUCGGGGCUCUGGCAGACCUGUGAGGAGGCCCUCGACAGCAGCGAAGGUGAGUGGGAAACAUGCAGAAGUUUCUGGAGUGUAGUUCCAGCUAAAGAACAAGGUGUUCUGUGGCUGUCCAUCGGAGCUGAGGUCCUGAGUAUCAUUCUGAUGUUAGUCAGUGCCAUCCUCCUGGGUUCCAGAGUGAGCUCCCCCAGCUCUGGGCUGCCCGGGAUCAAGAUGGACAUCUCUAUAGCCAUCCUCAUGGUGCUAGCAGGGCUUCUAAGCAUGGUGGCCCACAUGAUGUACACAACCAUUUUCCAAAUCACUGUGAACCUUGGACCAGAAGACUGGAGACCUCAGAAAUGGGACCAUGGUUGGUCGUACUGCCUUGCCUGGGGUUCUUUCGCCCUCUGCAUGAUGGUGUCAGUCGUGACCAUGAGCAGAUACACAGCAGCCCACCUGGAAGCCACAGAAAAGCAGAGGACCCAGAAAAUCAGUCAGCAUUCUCAACAUCACUUCCCAGAACCCAAGGCUCCAGAAAGAAUUUGGGAAAUGAGAGUUGUCCCCAUCUCUGCUGGACAUGCCCCUAUGAGUGUGUCUAACCACCUGCCACCAGGUGCCCCAGGCAGGGUGUCCAUGUGCUAA